AAAAAUGCCAUCGCUUCUUGCACCAAGGCCAUCAAUCGUUUAUAACCGCGGCGUUGAGUAUUUCCACGGCGCUUCCCGGGGCUGUCUCCAGGGACUGAUCUGCGCUCACUCGCAUCCCGACGGCCCCGGAUCUGCCAAGUCAUGCUGCCCUUGCAGGCGCUGCCGCCCUCCCCUCCCGCCGCGUCCGCUCGCGAGAUCCGCGCUGCUAUAAAGGGGGCGGCGCGGCGGGGCUGCGGCACUCCGGGCCGAGCCGAGCCGAGCCGAGCCGCUGCAGUUGCGUGUGCGGGACCGGUCUGCGCUCCGAGUUAAAUCAAGAUGUCUUCAGGAAAGGCUUUCAUUGGCAAACCAGCUCCUGACUUUACUGCCACGGCUGUAAUGCCAGAUGGACAGUUCAAAGACAUCAAACUCUCUGACUACAAAGGAAAAUAUGUUGUGUUCUUCUUCUACCCCCUGGACUUCACUUUUGUCUGUCCAACUGAAAUCAUUGCCUACAGUGACAGAGCUGAUGAAUUCAAGAAAAUCAACUGUGAAGUGAUUGGAGCUUCUGUUGACUCUCACUUCUGUCACCUUGCCUGGGUCAACACUCCUAAGAAGCAGGGAGGUUUGGGCACUAUGAAAAUCCCCCUGGUUUCUGACACAACACGUGCCAUUGCCAAAGACUAUGGGGUGCUGAAGGAGGAUGAAGGUAUUGCAUACAGGGGUCUGUUCAUAAUUGAUGACAAGGGGAUCUUGAGGCAGAUUACAAUCAAUGAUCUUCCUGUGGGCCGCUCUGUUGAUGAAACCCUCAGACUUGUCCAGGCCUUCCAGUUUACAGAUAAACAUGGAGAAGUGUGCCCAGCUGGCUGGAAGCCUGGGAGUGACACAAUCAAGCCUGAUGUUCAGAAAAGUAAAGAGUAUUUCGCCAAGCAGAAAUAAACAUUCAGCCUGAGUGGAAACUAGUAUGCCUUACAUAAAGAGCAAGUAUCAGUUACUGAACUUUGAUUAAGUCAUUGCAUCUGAGUCAAGGGAUCAUGUUAUAGUUAUAACAGUAACUUUUUUACUUGAAGGAAAGUUUGUCCUGUUGACAGUACCUUCAUAGCAAAUCCUAACGAUCAGUAUCUGUACAUCAAGCCCUGUUGACCUUAGUGACAAUGCCGUGUCUGUGGUUAGCCAUGUGUUACGUAGAGCAGUGCUAUCCUUUUGUAACUCUAUUAAACUUGUGAAAAGAGCA